GAAAUAAAACCGAAGGAAUAAUGGGGCUGUGCAAAUGUUUUUAUCGAUUAGUUAGAAAUUUUCUAAUUGUUUUUUUCAUCGUUGUUUUGUUACCUGGUUUACCGCCUAAGACGCACUUUGAUUUUCAAUCAUUUAUAAUCCCAAAACCGCUAGACUUAACGGGUCCGUUAGAAGUAAAUAAUUUGUUAGAUAAUGCCGAACGUUUGUUUGAAGGUCAAGUGCAUGGGCCAGAAACGUUAUUGAAGCGUGGCAACGAAAUCUUUACAUCAAUUCAUGGCGGUGAAGUGAUCAAAAUCACGGACGAUCAUAUUACACAUGUGGCUAAGUUUGGAAAACCAUGCGAGGGAUUGACUGAGGAGAAAAUUUGUGGACGACCAUUGGGUUUGGCAUUCGAUACGCAAGGAGAUAAUUUGAUUGUUGCCGAUGCUUAUUAUGGUAUUUGGUCGGUUAAUUUGAGCAAUGGAAAGAAAACACAAUUGGUCUCGCCGACCGAGGAAUUGGACGGAAAGGUUCGUCGACCGGCUAGUAUUUUCAAUUCGGUUGCCGUUUCGAAAUCCGGCGACAUUUUCUGGACCGAUUCAGCCUCCGAUUUCAAACUUGAAGACGGUGUCUACACACUUUUGGCCAAUCCAUCCGGACGUUUGUUCCGAUAUAAUCGUGUUACAAAGCAAAACAAAUUCCUCCUCGAUGAAUUGUACUUUGCCAAUGGUAUUGCAUUGCCGCCGAAUGAAGAUUUCAUUGUUGUUUCGGAGACUGGUGCCUCUCGUCUUACACGCUACUAUUUGACCGGUGCCAAGGCUGGCCAAACUGAUGUGUUCAUUGAUAGUUUGCCGGGCAUACCAGAUAAUUUAACACCAGAUGCUGACGGUUUGUGGGUGCCAUUGGUUCAAUCGGUCGAUAGCGAAAAUCCAGCACUCUGGCAAUCAGCCGCAAAUGCACCGCUUGUUCGUAAAUUCUUGGCUCGUGCUCUCGCUUUAAUUGAGCUACCAUUUAAAGUGGUUGAAAAUAUUUAUCCAAACUUCUACACACAAACGUUUAUCCACAAAAUCGGACACUUUGAAUCGUUGGUCGGUUUGGCGCCAGCACGUCAAACAAUCUUGCGCCUCGACUGGAACGGAAAGAUUAUCGGAUCAUUGCAUGGUUUUGAUAAGUCUGUGCACGGUGUGGCGCAUGUUCUUGAAGAUGGUGAUUAUUUGUACUUGGGUUCAUUUGCCCACAAGUAUUUGGGACGCGUGAAAUUGCCAAAAACGUACAAAAGCGCAAAGGCAACACCAAAAGUAGCACCAAAGGUUGAGGCCACAACGAAGAAACCAGUCACAACAACGACAACUCCAAAACCAACCACAACCACGACCACACCAAAAACCAAACAAACAACGACCACUACAACCACCACUCCAAAACCAGCCACGACAACAACACCUAAACCAACAACGAAAUCAGCACCAAAGCCAACAACGACGACACCGAAAUCAGCAACUGAAGCUCCAACGAGGAAACCGGCCCCAAUCCAUGAAAAUGUCGCCGAAGACACCAAACGUCCCGCAGCAGAAAAGCUAAAAGUGAUCAAAAAAGGUGGCGCCCAAGGCGAACUUUAAGCACCAUUAAAACGAAGAGAGUGAGAAAAUGAAGCGAAAAAGAAGGAAAACAGUAGAUGCAAAACAGCAUGCGACGAUAAUUCUCAUUCCAACCGAUUACAAUCAACAUGAAUAGACGUCAUCAACUGCGAUGAGCCAGUUAUUUUUAUCGCAAUUAAACUAGACAUAUUUAUUCCAAGCAAUCGCAUUCCCAAUUUAAAAAACCGCAAAAAAAAUGAAUAAUGAAUAAUGAAUACAUAAUUUAAAAACAACACGUUUUUCCUCUUCGAUUCCGGUACCGCCAUCACAUUGACGACAUAUGUGACACAAUUUAUGAUAAACAAUGAAAUUAAUAUACAGAAUAACAAAACAUUGCAAACUAUUCAAUUUGAAAUUAACUAUGAAUGCUUCCGAAAAUUAGCGUUAAUACUCUGAACUAAAAUAUGAGCAAUUUACUAUGCAACGAUUCAUUUUUAUUUUGUUAUGAGCAAAAUAUUGAAAUAUUGAAUAAAGCGAACUAUCUUUGAGGGGUUUUUUUUCCAAACUCUGGACAGAGUUGAAA